GCUCACUUUUAUAGUUCAGAGAACAUAAACUGACUGAUAUCACAUAGAAUAGAGCAUAUUAGAGAUGGAUAGGAUUUCAUCAUUAGUUCUCUGUGACAUCAAGGUUGUGGAACUUCAGCUGCCAAGAUGCAAUACAAGUCGAUCCAAGCUUAUAGAUGAUUGGGAAUUCGUCACACCCAAGCUCCCAAGAAACUAAGAACUCCUCAUGUGUGACUACUGCAGUCAUUCCUAGAAUACCUAUCUAUCUUCUUACCUCUCUUACCAGUUGAAAAUCAUCUACCCAAGUCCAAGCCAACACAUUCCACGAACGUUGUCUUCGUAAUUGUCCUCUUUUGAUAGCAUUGACAAACAUCCGAUGUUACAUCCCAUUCCAUCCUUUUGAAAGCAGCUUAAAGAGAACUAGACAACCCCCUCACUACCACACCAUGAAGCUCGCCGUCUUCUCCGCCAAACCCUACGACAAGCAAUACCUCACGAGCGCGCGAGAGACCAAAUUCAACAACAACAAAAGUAGCAGCACCCCCACCACCGACAUCGAAUUAGUCUACCACGAGUUCGCCCUAACCCUCGAAACGGCGCCCACGGCCCAGGGCGCCAGCGCCGUGUGCGUGUUCGUGAACGACGACCUGGGCGGGCCGGUCCUCGAAUCGCUGCACGCGAGCGGCGUGCGCGCGGUCCUGCUGCGCUGCGCGGGCUUCAACAACGUGGACCUCGAGGCCGCGCGCCGCCUCGGCCUCUUCGUCGCCCGCGUCCCCUCGUACUCGCCCGAGGCGGUCGCCGAGUUCGCCGUCGCCCAGAUCCAGACGCUCAACCGGAACACGCACCGCGCGUACAACCGCGUGCGCGAGGGCAACUUCAGCCUGCAGGGCCUUCUCGGCCGCACCCUGCGCGGGAAGACCGUCGGCGUCGUCGGCACCGGCAAGAUCGGCGUCGCCUUCGCGCGCAUCAUGCGCGGCUUCGGGUGCCGCCUGCUCGCGCACGACGUGAUCGAGAGCCCCGAGUUCGUGGGCGAGUGCGGGGGCAAGUACGUCCCGCUCGAGGAGCUGCUGGGGGCGAGCGACUUCGUCAGCUUGCACUGCCCGCUGACGGAGAAGACGCGGUACAUGAUGAACGACCACACGCUGGAGCAGAUGAAGCCGGGCGCCAUGCUGGUGAACACGUCGCGGGGCGGGCUGAUCGACACGCGGGCGGUGAUCGCGGCGCUGAAGAGGAAGCGCCUGGGCGGGCUGGCGCUGGACGUGUACGAGGGGGAAGGGGCGCUGUUUUACAACGACCACUCGGGGCAUAUCAUCGACGACGACGAGCUGAUGCGCUUGACCACGUUCCCCAACGUGCUCAUAUGCGGACACCAGGCCUUUUUCACGGAGGAGGCGCUGCGCGAGAUCGCCGAGGGGACGAUGGAGAAUCUGGAUGACUUCUUGCACGGGAGGCAGUGCAAGAAUGCCCUGGUUCAGGGCCAGGUUGGCAAACCGCUGGUUCAGGAGGGGUCUGUUCCAAUCCGCAUCUAAAAUAAUAGGACUAUAUACCCUCUAUAGGUUGGUGAAGGUACCUAAAUAGGCACCUGAAGUUUUGGGACGUUAUAGGCGCAUAAACCCGAAUAGAACUUUACGAAACGCGGCUAUCUCAUAUAGACAGCUGAUAGCAUGGGAGGGGGAAAAGCGCUAUAUACCUACCUAGGUUAGGUACCUACGAUAGACGCUACCAUAAACCCUUGGUCUAU